AUGGACUACGACAACAUGGACGUUGAUGAGGUGGGACCUCGAGUAACCGUCCGCGAGGCCGCCACCGACCACGUCGACUUCACCCUUAGCAACGUAGACCUCGCCUUCGCCAACUCCCUCCGCCGAACUAUCCUCGCUGAAGUCCCAACCAUGGCCAUCGAUCUCGUCGAAGUCGAAGUCAACACUUCGGUUCUCCCCGAUGAAUUCAUCGCUCACCGACUUGGUCUUAUCCCUUUAAAUUCCCGCCAAAUAGAAGACGUUCUCUACACCCGAGAUUGCGACUGCGACCAGUACUGCGAAAACUGCUCCGUCACCAUUAUGAUGAAUGCCAAGUGUUCGAAGGACAAUGAGGAUGUUGUGAAGGUCUAUGCAAGAGAUCUUAUUGUUUCUGAACCAAGGCCAAAUGAGUGGGUGGGAAACCCUGUUAUCACCGAUGAGGCUGGACAGGGUUCUGUGAUUUGUAAGUUGAGGAAGGGACAGGAGGUAAUAAUGAAGUGUAUUGCGAAAAAGGGAAUUGCGAAGGAGCAUGCAAAGUGGGCGCCUACGAGUGCAGUGGGAUUCGAGUAUGAUCCGCACAACAAGCUGAAGCAUCUGGAUUAUUGGUAUGAGGAGGAUCCAAUCAAGGAAUGGCCAAAAUCAAAGAACGCUGAAUGGGAAGAAGCGCCUCAAGACGGUGAACCUUUCGACUACAACGCCAGCCCCUCCCAAUUCUUCUUCGAGCUUGAGUCCAUUGGCAACCUGGAACCCGACGCGGUCGUACAACAAGGCAUCAAAGUCAUGCAACAAAAGCUUGCCGCCGUCUUACAAGAACUUACAGGCGAUGACUCAAGGCCUGGCGAAGCGGACGCGGAAAGGUUUGGAGGACAGAGUCCAGAUGGUAUGCCACAGGGCGGGGAGUAUGGGGUCGAUCAAGGAUAUACGACACCGUAUGUCAAUGGAGGAGCGACGAGUGCAUGGGGCGGAGGGGCAACGCCCUAUGGUGCGACUCCCUACGGGCAAAAUGGAUGGAAUCAAUAA